CACAGCCCGUCCCUCACGGCCCGUCCCUCACGGCCGGUCCCUCACGGCCCGUCCCUCACAGCCGGUCCCUCACAGCCCGUCCCUCACGGCCCGCUUCAUUUCUGGCUCGAGGUGAAUCCCGUCCCGUUACCCCCACUUCUGCCUUCCCUGUCCACCGGAACGCCGGGAUGCGGGAUGCUGUUCCCCCCGCACUUCCCUGGCCCCCCGCCGAGCAUCUGGGCUGGCGCGGCGCUGUUGGCGGAGCCGGGGAGAGGCACGGAAAAGAGGGGGAGCUUCGGGAAUGCGGAGCCAGGCGCUGCCUCACAAAGUUGUGACUUGCAGAAGCGCAAGCUCCAUCUCCCCAAACCAAGGGAAAGAUGUUCUCAGUUAGUGGGAUUAAAAAGCAAAGUGUGGCACAAGUAUCCUGGCAGCCUCGGCAGCGCUUCCCUAGAACUGUCUGCCACGGGCACAGCUGAAAUGAAGUUGGAUUUAAUGGCAGAACAACACCAGAAAAUGGAGCUGGGGAAAAAAAUACCAACCCAAACCCAUCAUUUUUGGAAUGGAUUGAAUGAGAAGGGUCCCCACGGCCACAUGGAGAGGCAGAUGCAGAUGAGGAUGGAAGCUCUGCCUUCCAAUGCUGGGAGAGGCAGGAUGACCACGGGCAGGAGGAGGAUGGAGAUAUCCCACUCCAAAGCUGUCGCUUGGCUGUUUGCACGCUCGGGGCACCAGCUUGUGAUGUCCUGACAAUCAAUCCAGACAAACACGGAGCGACGGUUCCCCUCCCGCCCCGCUCCUGGUCCACACAGCCCGGGAUCUUCUGCCCCUCAGCUGGAGCACGAGAGAACAGCCAUCUGGAAAUUAAUUUGGAACAAAGUGUAAGGAGAGAAUAUUUUUGUGAUCUAAUCCUUUCGGUGCCAUUAUUUAAUUUGUGCGCACAAAGCGAGGAGCGCAGGGACAGAUGCGCGGGAGCUUGAGAGGCAGGAGGACAUUGUUCUGCUCUCCUCCUCUAAAGAGCCAAUUAUUCUCCUCUAAGUCCUUUAGUUUUGGGGGCUGACGGAGUAGUUUAAGGGAUAAAAGUAUUAGCCUUUCAUCUGGAGGAUUCAAGUGCCAGUCCUCCAGGCAGACCAAAGCAAAAUGAAGUGGGUUGGCUUAUUUUCCCUCCUUAAUGCAUUAUUAUAUAAUGGCAUUAUUAAACAUUAGUGAAUAGAGAAUUUAAAUAUGCAGCAUUGACAGAUGAUUAAUUUUUUUUUUAAGCAAAAAAAUUUCACUCAUCAUCAGAAAUAUAAAUUAAAUCUUUGAGAACUGUGCGAGGAAAAGCACAAUAGUUGCUGUUUUCUAUGAGUCUAAUGCUCCUUUCUGUAAUUCUGUAUCGGGGGGGAGUUUUCUUUUGGCUGCUGAAUAAAAUACAGAUUUGGGGCUUUGCAGUAAGGUAAUUGGAGGUGUCCUGACCUGUGAGUCCAUCAUAACAGGUGCCAAGGAGCUCCUGAACACCUGGAAACACCAGUUUUCCACAGCAGUGCCCAGCACCAAGCCCCAGCCUCUGGCACAUCCAUACUUAUCCACACUCUUCCACACUCAUCCACACUCAUCCACACUGCCAGGUGAUGGGCAGCCUCAGGAAUAACAAAGAAGAAAGAGUACAGAGAUCCAAACAGCAGCAAAACUGUGGGAAUGUGCUUUGUGAAGUGGUAAUGUCCCAAAGCACAGUGUUUGCUGGAGGGAGUGUCUGACCAACACGAGAAUGGCUUUCAGUCACUUUAACCCUCAGAACAAACAUCGAGUUAUUUCCCACUAAUG